GGAAAAUUCCUCCCCGACCUGGUUUCCCAAAAUUACGAUUUAAGCGUUUGUCCUGAACGCAGCGUGAAGGGUCAACAAAUAUGUCUAACUGUUAGCUUCCGUUAGCCUGUUUGAGUCUUGUUCAGCUACAGGAAUCUGAUGGCUUCAUUUGGCUGGAAGAGGAAAGUCGGUGAGAAGGUGUCAAAGACUGUGGUGCAACAGUUUGUGGCCGAGGCGGAGAAGGCUGAGAAUAAGAGACCAGGUCAUGAUGAAGAGGAGGACGAGGAGGUGGACUGGCUCCAAGCCAUCAAACGACGGCGGGAGAUCCUGCUGGAGGACUGUUCUGCAAAGAGCAAGAGGCUGAAGGAUGAGGGAGCACUGCUGGCUGAGGAGGGCAGGCACUGGGAGGCCAUUAAGAAGUGGGACGAGGCCAUUCAGCUGACCCCAGACAACCCACUAUUGUAUGAGAUGAAGUCUCAGGUACUGACCACUCUGCAGGAAGUGUUCCCAGCAGUGAAGGCUGCAGAGAUGGCCGUCAAGUUCCGCCCACUGUGGUGGGAGGGCUGGCAGACCCUGGGCCGUGCCCAGCUCAACCUGGGUGAGGUGGACCUGGCGGUGAGGUCUUUCCAGGUUGCGAUCCACCUGUGCCCCUCGGAGAGCACCUUGUGGCAAGAAGACCUGGCGUGGGCCUGGAGACUGCAAAAGCAAAACGUCGCGACCGAGGAAAAGAUGCGGCGAGAGGAGGAGACCAAAAAUCAGAUCCUCAAUGCCCCCGAGCUCCAGCAGGACUAUGAUUUUGAGUCCGAUGAGGUGGUGGCCGCCUGCGUGGCCGUUGCCGAGCGGCAGACGCGCUACGAGGAGAUGAAGAAGACCGCGGUGGUGGUGGACUCUGAGGGGAAUGUUAAAAACGUAGUCACUGGAGAAGGGGCAUCAGAGGACGCGGCCACGCCGUCGAACGAACAGUUUAUCAAAGCAAGAGGACUUUAAUCUGAUCCGGUGGGAAUCCAGUGUCCUGGUUCAAGGUUUUCUUUUCAUUUUAUUUUUAUUUUAGCACUGAAUUUGAUUAUUCCUUAAACUGCUGUGGGUGUGUGAGGCUGUAACACAAAAAAAGGCAACAUGAGAACUCACAAAUUCUGGUGAGAGGGUGAUGCAAUAAUUAAUUGACAACUGUGCUGUCCUGUUUUACAUUUUCCACGUUGUUUGGGUUCAAUAUGCAUGACAAGUGUUGACAUGCCUACACAAAGAUUAAAGAUAUUUUUAGCAUCCAUCCAUCACUUAACAACAGGCCAUGCCUCACAAAGAUGCAUCUUGACACAGACUUGAACAUCUGUUUCUUCUCAAUUUAUUAUAAAAUAAACAGUGUUUCUCCCUAGUAGCACAAUAGCUGCUAAUGUUCCCUGUGGUUACUUUAGAAUCUACUUUACGAUGCAGAAAAUAUCGGAUGUCUCUGUUGCUUUUUCAGAAAAUAAAAGCAGGAUUUCAAAGAGCGCUUGGUUGAAAUUGGCAGCCGACUCAUUUGACUGUUGAAAAUAGAAAAUUCCGAAAAUCUCUGGAUGAUGGCCUCUUUCAAACAAGCUGCAUCUUUUGUGCAUCAAGUGUGUGUAACUGUUUGUGAAACAGGGUGUGGCAUCCAGAACUUGCUCAACAAAUUGUCAGCGAGUGAAUAAAUAAUCAAACGUGUCAUA